AUGAACGAAGACGUCAGGCGACAAGAUUUGUCUGCAAAAUGGAAUCUUUUUCUAGAAUCAAAUAACACAGACUUGCUGCUGAAGUUCACAAAAGGGUUUGCUGAAGUGUAUAGUCAGUACUUUGAUCCAGACUUCCAAACAUUAAGUGAAGG